AUGUCCACACAGGAGUUGUGGAAGUUUAUUCUGAUAGCUAUCGAAGAGCCUUCGGAUUAUGGUGGGCUGGAGAAUGAAGCCCAAAUCGAGCACUUCAAAACAUGCAUCGAUAGGUCCGGAAACUAUCCACUUUUCGUACAGCUCGCAGGCGACGGCCAUGACCCUGACCCCCAUCUGCUCGACAACAUUUAUGAUUUGUUGAAACUUUGUUCCCAUCGAAUUGACCAUUUUAGUUCUCUUGGACUGCCGAGUCUGGUUGAAACACUGGGAGCACUGAAUCUUCCUAUUUUGACGUCAAUGGCUUACAAGAGCUACGCUGACUGGUGGUGGUGUCUCGCCAAGGACGCUCCGCUUCUCCGCAGUAUAUCUCUCUCCCAUCUUCCACUGAGUACCGACGACCUGAAGUGGGAAGAGUUGAAUGAGCUCAGGCUCAUCCGUUGUCGCUGGAAAACGUGUCUCAACGACCUCUGCCUCGCGCGGAAUCUCGUUCACUGUCAUAUUCGUGGUCUCGACCCAUUUCAUGAAUUUAACGAUGAUGGUUCCAUGGCUCAACUCCCACAUUUAUCGACUCUCAUAAUGUCCAAUCCUUUUGCUGCCAUGCUUACGAUAGUCCUUGAUCGCAUCGAAACGCCGGCUCUGAAACGGUUGGAGGUUCAGUGGGAGGAAGAGGUGUUGGAGCCUCUCAUAUCUAUCACACAUCUGGUUGCACGCUCCUCUUGUUCACUAGACCAGCUUGGCAUCACUGCCCACCCAAUCACCGACUCAAGACUGGCAAUGGGAUGCCUGGACAGCAUACCGAAUCUCAGCAGAUUGGAAUUAUAUUUGAACGAAGAUAACGCAAAUCAUGUCAUUAACCAUUUGAAUCAUACGGCACAGCCCCUGGACAUCUACAUGAACCGUGUCUUGUUCCCUAACCUCCAUCAGGUAAUUGACGAGAUUCCGUUGAUCUCCCACUACAAGGUAUUGUUCGACGAGAUGGACGAGCGCCCUGUCGGGAAUUUCAAACUUGUUCAACGCAGGAUAUUUUAUAUCAAUGAUUUAACUCUGGAAUUAUAUAAAGGCGUAGAAAGAAGGCCUCUUCGAGACUUAUUGAACUAA